GCAGCAGCAGCCUCCUCCUCUCCUCUCUCCAAGCUUCUACUCGACUUGAACCAUGUCUGGACGCGGCAAAGGCGGCAAGGGACUCGGCAAGGGCGGCGCCAAGCGUCACCGCAAGGUUCUUCGCGACAACAUCCAGGGCAUCACCAAGCCGGCCAUCCGCCGUCUCGCUCGCCGUGGUGGAGUGAAGCGCAUCUCCGGCCUCAUCUACGAGGAGACGCGCGGCGUGCUCAAGGUCUUCCUGGAGAACGUCAUCCGCGACUCGGUCACGUACACGGAGCACGCGCGCCGCAAGACCGUGACGGCCAUGGACGUCGUGUACGCGCUCAAGCGCCAGGGACGCACCCUCUACGGCUUCGGCGGAUAAGCGCGGUAAGCGAGGCUUAUUGACUGCAUUUUGCAAUCUGGGCAGACAACUCUAUUUUGUAGUAUCGGCUGGCUUUAGCUAGACUUUGCUGCGUGGGGCGCCAGCCCCAAACUCUACCACUGGUGUUUUUUAACACCAC